ACCUACGUCAUAUUCGUGCGCCAACGUCAACAAGCCGUGUUUUGAAGUUGAUGUUGAAGACUAUUUUUCCUAAUAUCGUUUAUACUGGUCACUGUGAAUAGAAUGCAACAUUUUAACAUGAACGGCAAAAGCUACUCAACUACUGCUUACUAGGAAAUAAGGAAUAUAUGUCUGUUUAGACGUCCUGUAAGUCAAGUGUCCAACAGCACGUCAAGAUGAGUGGUGGAUUAGCGCCCAGUAAAAGCACCGUUUAUGUGUCAAACCUGCCAUUCUCUCUCACCAACAGCGACCUCCACAAGCUGUUUUCAAAGUAUGGCAAGGUUGUAAAGGUGACGAUCGUGAAGGACAAGGUGACGCGUCUGAGUAAAGGCGUGGCCUUCGUCCUCUUUCUGGACAGGGAGUCGGCCUUCAACUGCACACGAGCAGUCAACAGCAAACAGCUGUUUGGCAGGACUGUAAAGGCCAGUAUUGCCAUCGAUAACGGACGAGCUGCCGAGUUCAUCAGACGCAGAAACUACACAGACAAGAGCCAGUGCUACGAAUGUGGAGACUACGGCCACCUGAGCUACGCGUGUCCAAAGAACGUCCUUGGAGAACGAGAACCGCCCAAGAAGAAAGAGAAGAAGAAGAAGAAGAAGAAAGAAGACGAGCAGCAGUUUGAGGAAGAGGAGAGUGAGGAGGAAGGAGAGGACCCGGCUCUGGACAGCCUCAGUCAGGCCAUUGCCUUCCAGCAGGCGAAGGUGGAGGAAGAGGAGAAGAGGAGGAGGCCGGGGCGAGGAGAAGGAAGAGGAGGAUCAGGAGGAGGUGGAGGAGGAGAAAGUAGAGGAGGAGGAGAAGGAGGAGGAGGAGAAGGAGAAGGAGGAGAGGAGGGCUGCAGUGAAGCCUCGACAUCAGAGGAGCACAAGCCCAGAAUCAAGAAGAGCGCCUACUUUAGUGAUGAAGAGGAGCUCAGCGACUGAGGAAGAGGAGGAGGAGGAGGAAGAGCAGAGGAGGAGGAGGAGAAGGAGGAAGAGCAGAGGAGGAGGAGGAGAAGGAGAAGAGCGCCUACUUUAGUGAUGAAGAGGACCUCAGCGACUGAGGAAGAGGAGGAGAGGAGGAGGAGGAAGAGCAGAGGAGGAGAAGGAGGAGAAGGAGAAGAGCGCCUACUUUAGUGAUGAGGAGGAGGAAGAAGAUAAAGACGGAGGAAGAAGAGGAGGAAGAAGAAGAAGAGGAGGAGGAUGAGGAGAAAGAGAAGGAGAAGAGGAGGAGGAUAAGGAAGAGGAUGAUGAUGAAGAAGAUGAGGAAGAAGAAGAUGAUGAUGAUGAUGAUGAAGAGGAAGAGAUGCUGCUGUUCAUCCACAUACGUGGUGAUCAUGGAUUGAUUCUUUUGAUACUUUUUUUUACAAAGUUUAUUCAGGACUGCUCUUUUCCAUGUCAUGAACACCCCCCCCCUCCCCCAGCUGUGUGUGUGUGUGUGUGUGCGCGCGUGUGCGUGUGUUUUGAGAUGUUUAAAGGAGACGCGUUGACAUCAUCUGUGUGUGUGUGUGUGUGUGUGUGUGUGUGUGUGUGUGUGUGUGUGUGUGUGUGUUUGUGUGUAUGAGUGUGUGUCAUUUCCCAGGUACCUGGCUCUUGUAAAUAACCCUGACACUUGUUUUACUUUUUACCGGAGUUGAGUUUUGAUUUAGUGUGAUGUCUGUCUCUGUGUGGAAUUAAAGUCUGUAUUUGGGGAGCUGGUGUGGUGACCGUUAUUCUUCUCUCUUUAAUUAUUCUCUCUUUCUGUUUGUGUAUGGUGUCGACUCGUUAUGCUGCAUAAUUGCUUUCGGCAUCUUGUGAUGAACUCUUGCUGUCAAUCGUAAAUGAUUGGCCACAAGAAUAUCAUGCAGUGGUGUAGUCUACGCAGAACGCGGGUAUACGGAGUAUACCCACUUCAAAAUUUCAGGGAUUUCAGUAUACCCCCUUAAAAUUGAUUGAUCCAUUAU